UAAAAAACAAUAAUUGAUGGUAAGAGUUUCACGACCACAUAAUGAAGACACGAGACAGAAGCUUCCCCACGCGCCCACAAAGUAAAAAAGAGACUUAUCGUUAAGUUGAAAACUCUGAUAGCUUAAUAAUCCACGCGCUAGAUAAAAGCACGUGUUGUGCAAUCUCUCAUCUCGGGGCCGAGUCAAAAGAAGAAAUCUAGAGGCGAAUCUCUGAUCCGAUUCCGGCGAGCGAGAGAGACUUGUUCUAACUUCUCCGAUAAUGGCGUCCUUUAAGGUGAUGCAUUCUCCCUCUUCUACAAACUCGGAUCCAUCUCGUCGCAUCCCUUCUUCCUCCAUAAGACCUCGGCGAGAUCCCAACGCGAGGAUCCUCGGCGGUUACGACGGUUACAGUCCCGCCGCGAUGACGGUUGAAGGUAUUCUCCACGAGACUUUCGCAUCGGAUCCACCGGCGACGGAUUCUUCGCUCCUGAUGGAUGCUUCUCCGACGGCGACGGUUUCCGGAGGAACGGAUACGCGGGGGAAGAGCGUCGACGAGGUGUGGAGAGGGAUGAAGGAGGAAGAAGAGAUGAUGACGUUAGAGGAUUUCUUAGCGAAGGCCACUGGUGAAGACGGAGGAGGAGAGUCGGAUGACGUGGAUGUGAAGAUUCCUCCGGCGGAGAGUUACGGAUUCGAUCAUCACAACCCUUUUCAGAUGAUUGAUAAAGUGGAAGGAUCGAUCGUUGCGUUUGGGAACGGUGUGGAUGUCUACGGAGGAGGAGCGAGAGGGAAGAGAGCGAGAGUGAUGAUGGAGCCUUUGGAUAAAGCCGCUGCGCAGAGACAGAGGAGGAUGAUCAAGAACCGUGAGUCUGCUGCUAGGUCUAGAGAGAGGAAGCAAGCUUACCAAGUUGAGUUGGAGACUUUAGCUGCCAAGCUUGAGGAGGAGAAUGAGAAGCUUUCUGUGGAGAUUGAGGAGAAGAGGAAAGAGAGGUACCAGAAGCUGAUGGAGUUUGUGAUCCCUGUGGUUGAGAGACCUAAGCAGGAACCUCGGUUCUUGCGCAGGAUUCGAUCUUUGGAGUGGUAAUGAUAAUAAUCUAGAAUAAUAAAAAGGUAGAGACUUUGGAAGGUUUCUUUUGGUAUGUAACUAUAUAAGACCUGUGUGUAUGAUGAGAGUGGAUUCGUAAUCUGCGGUAAAGAGUAGCGAAUGUGAUGAAUAUGGUUAAUAACUUUACUAUAUUAUAUAUGUAGAUUGCAUAUGUUAUGUAGUUUUAUCACUUAUGGUUUUGAUGAGACA